ACUUCGAAAAUCUUAACCACAUCUUAUUCUUAACACAUUUAUUUUGUUAACCAACACUAAAAAGUAAUGUCGUCCAUUGGAGCAAGUUACGCACACCUACAAGUCAUGCAGAAGAAGCAGAAGGAGAAGAUGAAAAAGCUAGAAAAGGAGAGAAACUUCGACCACGAUGAAGCUCAUAGACUCCCUGUCGAAACAUCUUUUGCGUCCGGAAGGAUUUCUAAUAAAAUCUAUCCUUCUCGUUUGUCUUAUGAACAAGUAGAGUUCAAAUCACAAAAGUGAAGUUCAAAGUAAUGAAAUUCUUGAAAAGGAUCUUCAGAGCCUUCUCUCCCAAGUAUUUGUCCUUUGUGUUUGCAUGUAAUUAUGUAUGUAUGUGUGAUGUGUCUAAAACGUAUCUUGGUCGUCUUUGUAGUUUUGUGAAAGUGUACAAUUUGUGUGUUUAUGUUAUCAAGUGUUAAAAGGUUAUUCC